AACGAGACGCCUUUAAAGCGGUGACUGCUAAAAAUAAAUGUUUUGAAAAUGGGAGUCCAUGGUUUAUGGAAGCUACUGGAUUCGGUUGGAGAGCCAAUUCCUGUUGAAACAUUGGAAAACCAGAUUCUUGCUGUUGAUGUGUCGAUAUGGCUUCACCAGCUGAUGAAGGGAUUCCAGGACUCAGCUGGAAGCACAGUGCCCAAUGCUCAUCUCGUUGGUCUCUUCCAUAGGAUAUGCAAACUGUUGUUCUUCCGCAUCAGGCCCGUAUUUGUGUUCGAUGGUGGUGUUCCAGUACUCAAGAAGAAAACUAUUGCGAACCGCAACCAGUUGAAGGACAGGGCGGCCAUUGCAUCGGAGAAGGCGCGGCAACAGCUGUUGAAGAACCUGCUGAAACAGCGGGCAGUCGGACAAGUGCUUGAGGACCUCAAGGCCACACCAGGUGUCUCCUCGCAACGGCAGCCUGAUCUUUAUGAGCUGCCUCCCAUAGCUCAGCAAAUUGAUAACUCUGAGGACAGUGAUGACAUCAAAGAAUGCUCGAGCUCAUCUGAAGAUGACUACAAGAAGAAGAAGAAAUACAAGGAUCUGCAUACAAUCGACGUGAAGAGUGCCGAAUUCAAGGCGCUACCUGCCGACAUAAGGCAUGACAUUCUCACCGAUCUGAAAGAGACUAGGAAGCAGAAUUCAUGGGGUCGCAUACAUGAACUUCCUGAAGAUAUGGGUGGGUUCUCGAGCUACCAGAUGUCGCGACUGCUGAAGCGGCGCUCGGUGCAGGUGUCGCUGGAGGAGGCCGAGAAGGAGAUGGGAGGCCACACGCUCAGUCUGGCCGACAUCGAGACGCUGCUCGCCGAACAGGGAGUCGACACCACCGCCACCGCCACCGCCGGCAGGAGGAUUGCCUCCGACAAUGUCACGCGUUAUGUCUACGCCAAUGAACUAUUGAAAGAGGGAAAACAAUCGAAAUCGCUAUCGCAAAGUACUGUAAGCUCAGAUGGCGUAAAGAAAGAUGAAGACAUCAAAUGGGAAGACGAAGAUGAAAUCAUGAUAAUCGACGAUGAAAUUAUUUGUACUGGCGCGAUCAAAGUGAAGACUGAAAAAGAUGACGAUGACGAUGUUGAGACCACUGAAUGUUCACAAAACACGAAAGUCAAGGUUGAAGAGGAAGAGGAUUCCUCAGAGUCGGCCAUUUUCGAAGAUAUUGUCAAAGAAGAAAUGGAAUUGAGGAAACAGUUUGCAACCGACGACAUGGGGAUUUCACAGGAACAGAUUCUUUUGUUGAUUAAGGAACAAAAGAAUGCAUCCGAAGCCAAAGAAUCGGCAGAGUAUAGUGUGCCUUCAACUUCCAAAGACCUGGGGGAAAGUAGGUUUGUGGACCAAGAUGUUGCACAAGUUGAUAAAAUAACCAAAGAUCGACAACGUGAGAAAACCGAUCAUCAAAUAGUUGAAUCGGAUGAAAUAAAUGAGAUUUGUGAGAAGAGUUUGAGAAAUAAGAGAUCUGAUGUAAAUAGUGUACAGAGUGUUGAUAAAGUUGAUGAUGUAAAUAUUUAUAAUGAAGAUGUAUUAUUAAGAAAAGAUAAAUCUUUACCAAAGACCAGUAACAAAGAUUUGAGUAGUAGAGCAAACAAGGAUGUAUCAAAUAAAGCAUUAUUGGUAGAUUCUGCUAAAGAUAAUGAAAAAGUGCAAAAUUUAUCUUAUUCAGUAACUCGAGGGUCAUCCAAUAAAAGCAAUUCUAAUGAUGAUGUACAAAUUGUAGUCUCAGAAAGUAGCGACAAUAAAUCUGAGAAGAUUAACGUUUUAUCAAAAUUAAGACAGAAAAAAUAUGAAAAAUCAAAAAUUGAUGAUGAUGAUUUACUUGUAGUCAGCUUUGAGAAGGAAGUAAGUGGUUCAAAAGCUGUGGUAGAUAAUGAUUCCCAUAAAAUUCACGGAGAGAGUGAGAAGAAAUCAAAUCUAACUAGAAUUGAUCAAGUUGAAGUAGAAAAUGAUUCUCUGGAAAUCACAGUGAGCACUCAGAAGAAAGAAGGUGGUGAUGAAGAAGAAGAAGACAUAUUUGCCGACAUUUUUUCGAAUGAUAAUGGGAGUGAGAAUAUUGUGAAUCUACUGGAGAAAGAGGGCAAACAAGAAGCGGCGAAAGAUAUAGAAUUAAUGAGUUCGGCUACGAGUAGUAGUGAUGACGUCAUCAAUGACAUCAUUUCUGAAGAUGAUUCGUCUGCAGUUGACGAUCCUGAGGAGGUUGAGAAAAAUGAAAGAGAAAACGUGAUGGAGGAAUGUGGACAUGUUGAGGAUGAGGUUAGAAAUGAUGAUGGAGGUAGUGAACCACAUUCUAGCCAGUAUUUCAAAUCGCCCGAUUCGGAUUUGGUGAAAUCCAAUGCAAAAUCUCCUGACACUGCGGCGACAAAGAGUAGUGAGAACGUUCCUGUUACCAAUGAUGGAGCAGAAGACGCACAAACCGAAAGAAAGAAGCGGAUACUUUCCACGAAGGAACUCAAAGGUUUGCAGAGUAUUUUAGAGAAGCAAGAGGUAGAAUUGAUACAAGUACAAGGGAGGGAAGAGAGAUUGGCAUCCACAGUUACUGAACAGAUGAGGCUUGAAGCCGAGGAACUUCUGCAGCUGUUCGGCGUGCCCUGGGUUAAGGCGCCCAUGGAGGCGGAAGCCCAGUGCGCCUUCCUGGACCUUGUCGGCCUGACGCAGGGCACUAUCACCGAUGACAGCGACAUCUGGCUGUUUGGCGCCAACCGAGUCUACAAGAACUUCUUCAAUCAGAACAAGUAUGUGCUCCAGUUCCGCGCUGACGACAUCAAGAGCUUUUUCAAACUGUCUCGGGGUGACCUGAUCGAACUAGCUCUGCUUGUGGGCAGUGACUACACAGUGGGAAUCAAUGGCAUUGGGCCGGUGACCGCACUAGAGAUCAUCUCCACGUUUCGUCCCGCGAGCAGCUCGCCAGAGAGCAUCCUCUCUACUCUACGCGCGUUCAAGCAGUGGCUGCAGCAUCCCAGCAACAGCAAGACCUCGCAGCUGGCUAGGAAGUUGAAGGAUGUCGAGCUCGAUGAAGGGUUUCCGAGUGCAGAUGUAGUGGACGCUUACCUGAAGCCGUGCGUUGACGAGUCGGAGGAGGCCUUCUCAUGGGGCAGCCCGGACAUCGACGGCCUCAAGGUGUACGCGCAGCGCAAAUUCGGAUGGAGUCCCAGCAAGGUCGAUCAACUACUACUCCCCGUCAUCAAAAGUCUCACUCAGAAAACGAGCCAAACCAGGAUAGAAACGUUCUUUAACAUGAAACCGGCCAUUCCGCAACACAACGACAGAGUUAGUCGGAGGGUGCAGAGGGCCGUGGAACGCAUGGGUGGUGGGGUGGGUGAGGGGGUUGCUGAAGAGGAGGGGGGACAGAGGAGGAGAGCAAGAGAUUUGCUAGCCGAGGGCGAGGAGGAUGAAGGAGGAGGCGGUAGAGGGCGUGGAAGGAGGGUUAGAGGAGGAAAGCGGGGAAGAGGCGGGAUCCGGGACGAGAUAAGGAUAGCGACGGAGAGAGAUAGGUUCCGCAGUCGGCAGCCGAGAUCACGACCCCGGCCAACGCCCCCACAUCCUGUUCCCGGGCCGUCGUCGACCGAGACCCGGCACCCUGUGGCCACCCCGAGGCAGGAGCUCAUUCCCCAGCGUGAACGUGACCGGUUGGAGGGACUCAAGCGUAAGAUUCAGGCCAUCAAUGUGCUCAAAACUAAGAAGAAGGUGAAGAAGGUGAAUAGGCCCCCUCGGGCGCCCAUCAGGCGAGAGGCUGAUUUGUCGGAGAGUAGUGGCAGUGAUUAGGUUCAUCCAAAUCUUCCUUCGAUCAAUAAAUUUGGUUAACUUUUUGGUUAGGGUUACUAUUAAUUAUCAAGAAAUAAAAAAUCCAAGUACCAUAUUUAAAAAGAAGGUUACUUAGAUGUUUUAUUUUUAUCUCUUGAUAUUCAGUUGUUUCUAUGUUUGAUGAAAGUAUUUAAAAGUUAUUUCAAUGAAUAACUUUAUGUGUUUCUAUUUUUGAUAAAAGUUUUUUAAAAUUACAGUAAUUAGACAUUAUUUCUAUGCACAAAUUUAGUAACUUGUUUCUAUGUUUGACACUUGAAAGUAUAGUAAUUGGAAGAACGUGCCAAAGGCACUAACUUAUCAGAGUGAAGUUUUGGUGUUAGUAGUUAGAUAUAGUAAUUAGUUUUUAUUGAAAAUCUAUUUGAAAUUGAUUUUUUAAUACUUUUUAUGAAAAAUUGUUUCUAUGUUUUCUACAUGUAGAAGAAAUGACAAUAGAAUAAAUUGAAGAUAUUGCAUUUUUUGCUGAAUUACUACAUAUUAGUGACAGUAAAAGUAGCAGAUACAAUGACAAUAUAUUUCCCAUCAGUUAUUAGAUAUUGGAUACAGUUGAAGAUAUUUGACUCUUCCCAUUCAGCUCGGCCGAGCGAGUAUAAAUAGUCCCACUAUAACUUAUGGGAAUAAUAUUAUCACUGUCACUAAUAUAUGUGGGAAUCCAGCUUAAAGUGCUUUUAAGUAAAUCAUUGUUGCGUGUGAAACUAGUUGAAAAAAUUCAGUUGAAAAAUGAUAUUAUUGUAGUGAUUAGGUUCGAUGCCAAUUUAAUUUGUUUACAAUUUAUUUUCAUAUUAUUAAUUUUAAUAAUAUUAUUUUAUUAAUUAUUAAUUUCAAUGAUUGUUUCCGUGUAAAUUGAUUGUAUAUAUUUUGUGAGAAUCAUUUCAAUAUGUGCAUGUGCAGAUGAAUGACUGAUGAAAUCAUAUACAUUUUUACCCAAAGAUAUUUUAAGAUAUUAAAAUAGCAUCUAAUAAUACAUUUCCAUUUUUAUUAAAAAAUUCAUCAGAUUGAAUUGUUGGAAUUGAUUUUUAAAAUGCAUACUCUUCAAAAGAAUUAUUGAAAUCAUUAUUAUUUUAGAUUUUGUAAAUAGAUUGUUUGUAUAAUCAAAUAAAAAUGUAUUUUAUGGCGUUAUUUUAUUGUUUUAAAUUUUGCACAAAAGCAUGUUGUAUAAUAUCCAUUAAUAAAGGAAUACC